UUCAUCAUGACGGGGGGAGGAGAGAAUCAGCUGUAACCGUGGGUGGAGGCAGAGACGGAAAGCACGGAUAGGAUGUAGUUAAAAUAUCUGUCCAAUCAGAACGCAAGGCUGCCUGUAAAUAGGACAAGAGUGAGGCGAAGAGGACCGCCCCCUGGGGGAGGGGCUUACUCUGGUUGUUAUUUACAUCCUCUGUUUGCUACACGCUUGUUUGUUCUCGCUAAUGACACAGUGAGGGUCGUUUGUCAAACAAAAGUUUGGUUCAGAUGUGAUUAAAUGACUUUGGGACGAUGAAUGAAAAGCUGUAAAUCACUGUGACUCUACUUACAGCCGAUAUCAGCGGCCCUGUAAGAGAACUAUGACACCUGGCGGCACUUCUAGUCCUGUGUUUCUUUUGAUUUUUAAACUCCUCCGCAAAAUGUACAGCUAGCUAAUCUUUCAGGCCAUCUAACUGGCCAUUCCGAGGCCACAGCGGUGAACCAUGAGUUUCAAACUGUGUUUUAGCACACAGUGUCCAUCACAACAUCUGCCUGUUUUGCACCAUGACAGACAGACCAUUCCGGAUGUUACAUAUGUUCGCCGACCGGAUGAGGCGCCGCUUCACCUCACAGAAAUGAUGUGGACAGAUUAGAAGUGGACGCGUUUGCUCUGUCUCUCGCUCUCUGUGCUCCUUUUCUUGUUUUCGAUAAAGUAUAUGGAGUAAUUACAUGAACGACGCACCGAAGAUGUCGAGAAAUAGGAGUUAAGUGGUUUAUUCACAGAUCUCACCGACUCUCUUCGUUUUAACUGGGAACGUUAAUCUUACAUCGGUUCACAUAGGCUAGGCAAGCUAACGUUAGCUAGCUCGCUAGCUCACUGAAGUUGGCCAGAUAUGCCUCUCCGGAUCGGUGUAGUAGCUCGUUUGUCCUAUAGAACGGACUGAUACUGUCGAAGAAGCUCGUUUUUAGCACAUAUUGGUAAAAUGCAGCCGUGUGAGUGUGGCGUAAGAAGCUGAUUUGAGUUAUCUGGACAAAGCUAGCCACAAGCAUAGGAAAGUAGUGGCCAGUCGUGCCUCGCUUAGCUAGCCAACAGGCUAACAGCUGAUAAAUCGCUGAGGUAGAAGCUCUUGGUAGCCAGCUCGACAUUUGCCACUAUGGAUUUCACCAGCAUCCUGUCUAUGGCUUCCCAAAAGCAGGGCCAUAGCAGCACACAGAAGAGGUAUAGCUUGAAACCUGGUCCUCCAAAAAAAGACCCCAGAGUAAAAGGUGUCAGUUCUGCUGCAGUACAGGCGUUCUUGAAGAAACAGGAAAUUGAGCAAAAAAAGAAAGAUCUGGAGAAAAAAAAGCAGAAAAAUGAUCUUCUGGCUAAAAGGGUCGAACUGAAAUCUGACAGAAAGGCGCGUGCCAUGGCGUCUCGCACCAAGGACAACUUUAGGGGCUACAAUGGCAUACCUAUUGUAGAGCAGCCCAAGAAAAGGCGGUCUAAGGGAGAAAUGGUUGACGAAAGGCAGGAGUAUACAGAUGUUUAUGACGAUGAGGACAAUUAUGAAUAUGAAGCAACUGAUUCUGAAUCUGAAUCUGAGCCAGAACCAACGGCAGUGAGGCCUCAGGCCCGCAGCGGUGGGCCAAGCAAAAUUAGCAACACACAGAAAAAACCCAGUGCUCCAGCUAAAAGUGCUCCACCGCUCAUGAACUUUGCAGACCUUUUAAAGCUUGCUGAGAAAAAACAGUUUGAACCUGUUGAGUUAAAACCUACAGUCAAGAAAGCUGAAGAGAGGCUUCGCACAGCAGAUGAAAUUAGGGAGUUAGAACUUGAGCGCAAAGUUAAGAAACAAGAUAAAGGGAGAGAUAGUAAAGGAGAAAAAAUUUCAGGGCAGAAAGAUAGCAAGUCCAUCUCAAAUUCUAACAAGAAACAUGUGACUGACAGGGACAGUAGGGAAAGCAAAUCACACAAGUCUUCAAGUGAAAAACCCCCCAGUGGAAAUAGCAAAAUGCCAAAGCAGCAUACGCCAAGUGAGCGACCCCACAGUUCUGCCAAGAUAUCUCAUGGAAACGGGUCCAAACCUGGCUCUAGCUCCUCAGGUGCCUUAAGUGGUAAAUCUACCAUGAAGAGUUGUUCCCCAGCCUCAGUCAAGCAAGCAGUAACCAGGCCGCAGACAGGCCAAAAGCCCACCACCUCAAGUGACCUUACCUCGAAGAAGGGGUAUCCUGGAUUACCUCAAGAAAAAUCAAGUAGUUCUGGGAACCGACCUGGAUCGAACCCGUCUAGGCUGCCGGGCCAAGUUCAAGGGAUCAAAGGAUCUGGACAGGUCAGACCUGGACAGAGUAUCUCAAGCAAGGGAGGACCUCCUCAAAAGCCUGGAAAAGGAGAAGUGUCACGAUCUGGAGGCAACCCUGCUCCUCGACCAGGUGGCAAUGGACCAAUGAGAUCUGCUCCUGGUAACUCCUCAAAGCAAGCAGGCACGCAGCAGCCGAGACCCGGAGGUAGCUUGCAAGGCCGCCCUGUGCCUGGAGGAGGCCGACCCUCUGCAAAUGGAUCUAGUAGGCCCGGUGGCAGCAUGCCUGCACGACCACAGAACAGCAUGGGCUCAGGCCCUGGAAGACCCCAGUGCACUGUUGUGUCAGAAACAAUUUCAUCUAAGAACUUUGCCCCCAAACCAGGAAUGGCCCCAAGGCCUUCAGUUCCCCAAGGCCCCAAAACAAUUAUAGGACCAACUGGCCAUAGAAUUUUGGUUAGACCAACUGGACCAGUGCUGCCACCAAUAACAUCUAGCUACAAACGUAAGUAUGAAGAUGAAGAAGAGGAAUAUGACCCAGAGAUGGAUGACUUCAUUGAUGAUGAAGGAGAAGAGCAAGACGAAAUUUCAAAGCAUAUCAGGGAAAUCUUUGGCUACGAUAGGACCAAAUACAAAGAUGAGAGUGACUAUGCAUUAAAGUUUAUGGAAAGCAGUUGGAAAGAACAGCAGAAGGAGGAGGCAAGAAGUUUACGCUUGGGUAUCCAGGAAGAUGAAGAAGACAUUCGUAUGGAGGAAGAGGAGAUGAAAAAAAAACAAGCAGUGAAAGUAAAACGGAGAAAGACUUGAUACAUGA